UUAAGGUGUUAGAAAGAGUCAAAUAUCAUACAAUACCAUUACAUAGCCAUGAACGGUGGAGAUGGUGCUUCUAGCUAUGCACGCAACUCUUCCUAUCAGAGGGGGGCGAUAGAAGCUGCUGAAGCACUCCUCAGAAAGGAGAUCAACACACGGCUCAACAUCACAGACCAUUCCUUCUCGUCUUUUACAAUAGCUGACUUUGGAUGCUCCUCCGGGCCCAACACCAUUCUUGCUGUAGACAUCAUCAUUCAAGCCCUCUACCACAAGUUUAGCUCUUCUCUGCCUAAGACUACUACUCCUCAGUUUCAAGUCUUCUUCAACGACGUCUCCCAUACUGAUUUUAAUGCACUCUUUGCUUUGCUCCCUCCUCAACGCCCCUACUUCGUUGCAGGCGUCCCCGGUUCUUUUUAUGGAAGCUUGUUUCCUAAGGCACAUCUCAACUUGGCCUACUCCUCUUGCGCCCUCUGUUGGCUCUCCGACUUGCCACCGGAGCUAACUGACACAAACUCUCCUGCUUACAACAGCGGCAAGAUUCACUACACGGGAGCAUCAGCAGAGGUUGUACAAGCCUACUCCUGUCAGUACAAAAAGGAUAUUAAAUUGUUUUUGCAUGCCAGGUCACAGGAGCUCGCAGAAAACGGGUUGAUGGCACUGAUUGUGCCCGGUGUACCAGAUGGGUUUCUCGAUUGUCAGGAGGCUUCAACGGGAUCCGAGUUCGAUUUGUUGGGGUCUUGCCUCAUGGACAUGGCCAGAGAGGGAAAAAUAAAGGAGGAGGAGGUAGACAGUUUCAACCUUCCCAUAUAUUACCCAACCCCAAAGGAACUGGAAGACAUCAUCAGAAGCAACGGAGAGUUGAAAAUUGAUAAAAUAGAGACACUGGGGAGCAUGGGCGCGCAAGACACUAUGCCUGACCUCGAGUCAAGGGUUCUGUACCUGAGAGCUGUGCUGGAAGGUCUCGUUCGCACCCACUUUGGGCCCCAAAUCCUUGACGACCUGUUUGAUCGCUACACGAUCAAACUUGCGCAUUCCUCUUUCAUCCUCCAGCCUCAAACCCACAGAUCUAUUAUGAUUUUUGCCCUUCUUAGUCGCUGUUAUGACAUCUGAUAUUAUGCAAUCCUAUAU